AUGAAAAGAAAACAACAAGACGAGAAGGAAAGAAUAAGAGGCAACAACGACCUUCAUGUGAAACGAACACGAUCAAGUAAUCGAAUAUCGGCAGAAGUACAUUAUCAAUCCGAGGGCGUUGUUCUUUCAAAUAACAAUAUUACAAGUAAACGAAGUCGAUCACCUACAGGGGGAAAAGAGAACAUUAUCGGCUUAGAAGAUUCGAAGGAAGACAGAGAAAUCAGUCCAAACAGCGAUAAUGCUACGCUACCAGAAUCGCGGUCGAAGGCUGAUGGCUCACCGAGGGGUCCAACCUUAAGCCCACUCAAAGCUCAGAAUCAAUCGACUCCCAAGUCUUUACGGCAUGGCGACAAAUUAUUCGCAACGCCUAUCAAAGUCAAAGGUAUAACUGGGACAGAUGAAACUCCACGCCUUCGACGCAACAUUGAUCGAUCGGCCAGAAGGAAGAGUACUAGAACCCUCAUUGAACGUACCGUAUUAGGCCUCAAUAGCGACAACGAUGACGAAGAGGAGGACAUUGCGAACCAGAUAUAUGACUCAGACGAAGAUGGUGAAGUUGAAAUAGGCAACGACGAUACAAUUCAAGUAUCUGAAGAGCUACACGAACCAUCUACUCCUUCCAAGCAUAGACGAGGGCAAUUAAAGGGGACAAAGGCUCGGCAAAGAUCAUUGACACCACCUCAGGAUCUUACCCCUCACGAAUUAUACUUCUCUCAAAAUAGGCCUGGGAGGUCCAAAACUGCGAAUUCUAAUCUAUCUUCUUUGGCGUUACUCGAUCACGAAGAAUAUUUUAGUCUUGCCCGGAACUACAAAGACCAGCACGAAGACGAUAUGAACUUUUUACAAGAUGUGCAUGCCAAAUCUUUCAACCAAUGGCAAUUUGAGCUCGGUCAGGACUUCAAUAUCUGUGUUUAUGGUUGGGGUUCAAAAAGGUCUCUUCUUCUCAAAUUUGCUGAAUAUAUCUACAACACAAUGACUGAUUAUUCCCGGGAGAGAAUAGUUGUAGUGAAUGGCUAUGUGCAAAACCUCACAAUUCGAGAGCUUUUGAAUACUAUAGCCUGUUCUAUCUCUGGUCAUGGCACGAAAAUAGGUUCACAACCCGCAGAAAUGCUUGAAAACCUCACGAAUAUACUUGAUGAAGACAAAACUCAACAUGUGACUCUGAUAAUCCAUUCUCUUGAUGGAUCCGCUCUUCGUCGCCCUACAUCCCAAACAAUACUCUCACGCUUGAGUUCACACCCACAGGUACAUCUGGUUGUGUCUGUAGAUCACCCUUCCUUCCAUUUGCUGUGGGAUAGUUCGCUUCGCUCAGCUUUCAACUUUAUAUUUCACGAUUGUACAACCUUUCUACCUUACACAGUAGAAGUCGAUGUUGUAGAUGAAGUACACGAACUUCUGGGGAGAAGCGGACGCAAAGUAGGGGGCAAAGGCGGUGUGAGCUUUGUGCUCAAGAGUUUGCCUGAAAAUGCAAAGAAUCUUUUCAGAGUCUUGGUAGGGGAACAACUUGCAACUAUGGAUGAAAACCUCGUAGGUGAGCAUAAUGAUGACGAUGAAGAUGGCGCGCAGGGAGUUUCUAGUAGGAAGAAUGAGCCUGGUGUCGAAUACCGGGUGCUAUACCAGAAAGCUGUUGAGGAGUUCAUUUGUAGUAAUGAAAUGAAUUUCAGAACUUUGUUGAAAGAGUUUCAUGAUCAUCAAAUGAUAGAGAGUCGAAAAGAUGCUCUGGGGACAGAAGUGCUAUUUGUACCUUUUAGAAAGGAGGAAUUAGAAAACAUUCUUGAGGAUAUUGUAUCGUCCGAUACCCAGGUACUUCAAAAGACUCUUGGCCGGCAAUUGGUUUUGAGUAACAAAUAUAGGAAGCUAUUGACAAUGGCUCGUGCAGUUCCUAAGAAUCCUUUGAUAUUUGUUCUUGGUGCGACUGGUACUGGAAAAUCACAAUUGGCUAUCGACCUCGCAAAACGAUUUAAUGGCGAAAUAAUAAAUGGCGAUGCUGUGCAAAUGUACGAAGGCUUGCCUAUCAUUACAAACAAGGUCACUAUCGAAGAACAAAAUGGUAUCCCACAUCACUUGCUAGGAUUUAUUCCCCUGGAUGCGGAAACAUGGACGGUAGGGACAUUCAAGGAUCGAGCAAGCAAGAUAAUCCAAGAAAUUCGAUCCAGGGGGCGGAUACCCAUUGUAGUAGGUGGAACGCAUUACUAUACACAGUCUCUUCUAUUUGAACAUGAGCUCGUUUCCUCCGGGAAAGGUUCUGGGGAAGGGCCGGAUAAUGAACAACUCUCCAUAGACGAAAUAUCCAAACGAUUCCCAAUACUCGAUGCACCCACAGAACAAAUACUGGAUCGAUUGAAGGAAGUUGAUCCCACCAUGGCUGCGCAGUGGCAUCCCAAUGACCGGCGCAAAAUUCAAACAUCGCUGCAAAUAUUCUUAACAAGUGGAAAGAGAGCCUCCGAUAUCUAUAAGGAGCAGAGAGAGGCAAAAGCCAUGGCCCAGGCAACCUCGGACGGGAAAUCAGAUCAUCCAGGCACAUUCAACAUAGGCUCACCACUGCUAUUUUGGGUUCAUGCGAAAUCAGACAUUCUCAAAUCGAGGCUUGACAAAAGAGUCGAUAAGAUGAUUGAUGUUGGCCUAUUGGAUGAAGUCAAGUCUAUGGAGACAAUUCGCCAAGAAUAUAUUCGUGGUGGUGCUGAUCUUGAUCUUUCUCGUGGAAUAUGGGCCUCUAUCGGCUGGAAGGAAUUUGAGCUGUACCUACGCGCCCUUGAGCAGGAGGACAGAGAUCCAAAGAAGCUAGAUGCCCUCCGCGAUGAUUCGCUAGAAAAAAUGAAGGCAGCCACCCGACAAUAUGCGAAAAGACAAAUUCGAUGGAUUGGUCUGAAAUUGAUACCAAGUCUUGUUCAAAUCAACGCCCUCGAUAGAUUAUAUCUUCUCGAUGGAACUGAUGUAUCAUCAUGGUUAGAGAAUGUGUCAGACCCUGCUAUUGGUAUUACCCAAGAAUUCCUUCUAGGCAGCAAGCUGCCAUCACCAAGUGGAAUGUCAACUCUAGCCGGAGAAUUUCUAAAUCCCGAAAAGCCCUUGCAACAUUCCCAGAGCAAAGCCCGUUGGGUGCCGCAGAGGUGUGAAACAUGUCACAUCGUCGUUAUGACAGAAGCUCAAUGGCAAGCGCAUUCUACAACCCGCGCACAUCGACGAAUGGUAAAGAAGUUGCAGAAAAAUGGGGUUAAUGGUAGGUCCUAUCACGAUAGCGAAAGGGGUGGUAGCACAUCAUCAUUUACAACUUGA